UGUAAGCCUCGGCUGACCUGAGCUUACCCCACGUCCGAAGGCCCCGGGAAAUGCCACCCCAGACUUGUGACAGACGCUCCGGCUUCCUACUUAAGCAGUGCGGAAUUGCUCCUUAGCAUAGUCAGUAAUUUUCGCCCUUUUGCACUGUAGAGCACCAUGGAGUCGUCGGGUGCGGACAAGGGCUUCUUUCAAAAGCCGCCGGUUCUGGAGAAUCAGGUCUACGACGAUGCAACAUUCCAGAGAUGCUUCAAACUCUUCCUCCCUGGCAACGUUGCCCGGAAAGUCGAGGCGGAAGUUGCUGAACUAGGAAAUGAGGUCCUCUCCGACAAGGUUUUCGCCUGGGUCACUGACGCCGAACACAACAAGCCGUAUCUCAAAGGGUCGGGCCGUGACGCAUUCGGACAGUGGAGGGGUGACCUCGUCACCGGUGAGGGUUGGCGAGGGCUUCAGGACUUUGGUCUAGCCCACGGAAUCGUGGCAGCUGGUUACGACACGCCAUACGGUUCAUUCUCCCGGCCGUAUCAAUUCCUUCGCAUACAGCUCUGGACGGCAUCGUGUGCGAAUGUCACCUGUCCAUCGGCGAUGCAGGAUGGCGCUGCACGUCUUCUGCAGACCCAUCUCAGCACUCCAGCCCUCGCCUCGAAGCUCUCGGCCGAGGAGAAGAAGGUCUUUGAAAACGCCUUUCAACACCUGAUUUCUCGAGAUCCCAGCAAUGCUUGGACGAGCGGACAGUGGAUGACUGAGCGCACCGGUGGAAGCGACGUUUCGUUGACCGAGACGACCGCGGUGUAUCAACCAACUACGGAUGUGCAGCUUGCCUCUAAACAAGAGGGCAUUCCUCUUGGACCUUGGAGCAUCAAUGGAUUCAAAUGGUUCUCCUCGGCAACCGAUUCUCGAAUGACUGUCCUCCUCGCCCGCACCCAAAAGGGUGGGCUAUCGACGUUUGUGGCGCCGAUGCGAAAACACGAUCCGCUUGCCACUACGUCAACCGGUAUUCCGAAGCCCGACGGCGAGGCACUGAACGGCGUGCGCAUCCAAAGACUGAAGAACAAGUCAGGCACGCAAUCACUUCCGACAGCUGAGCUGGUCCUCGAGGACAUGCGCGGCUGGCUCAUCGGCCAGGAAGGGCGCGGCAUCCAGGAAGUCAGCACCAUCCUAAACCUGACUAGAAUCCAUUCUACGGUUGCAGCGACGAGUUAUGUUGGCCGGGGUCUUGGAAUCGCCCGAGCAUAUGCCCGUGUUCGGGAGAUUGGCGCUGGCAAGGGUGCCAGGAUGAAGUUGACUGAAAGCUCGCUGCAUAUGAGAACUUUGGCCAAGAUGACCGCGGAGUACCGAGGCCUCAUGCUGCUCACAAUCUUUGCGUCCUACGUCCUCGGCCUAUCCGAACAUCCUGAGUCUUCUGGCUCAGACAUGUCCGAAGCGCUCAAAGCCGUGUCGCCACAGUUGAAACAUGCUGGACCCCUUCUCAGGGUUCUCACACAGCUGGCAAAGGCCUACGUCUGUAAGCCCGCUGUCUCACUCCUGUUUUCCUGCAUGGAGUCCUUGGGCGGCGUCGGCUACCUCCUCAACGAUGAGCAGGAGUACCUAAACAUUGCUCGGCUCCACCGAGAUUGCGCCGUUCUGCCCAUCUGGGAGGGCACAACCGAUGUGCUCAGUACGGACUUUAUCCGGGCGCUGAAGCACCCCAAGGGCGGCGGGGAUUCGCUUGACGCACUCGGCGACUUCAUCAAAACCGCCUUUGAGUUUCAAGGUAAAGUAGUGAAGCCUAGUAGCUGGAACCCCGUGAAAGAAUGGGAGCUCUUGAAAAGCCGCAUCGUCCAGGAGUCAGCAGGAGAGCUGAUGGGUGACGCGAGAGAGAUCCUCUGCACUGUGGGUGAUUUGUUGGUCUCGGUACUUCUAUACGUUGAUGCCAGCAGUGAUGGAGAUGCUGUCUCUCAAGACAUCUUCUACCGUUUCUUGGAAGGCAAGGGCGUGGUUGAGAAAAGAGCAAAGGUCUCAGUGAGUGACGAACUUGCUCGGGAUAUUGCCGUUGUGUACGGAGGUCCUCCAACUGAAAUAUCGUCAAAGCUUUGAGCCGAGGUAUCAGCGAGAUAAAAGAUGAUGCAG